AAAUCGUGUACUUUUGCGCGGUACUUGUUACUUGUGCUGCACAGCAGUGGAAAUACAAAACAAUUGCACAAACAAUUGGAUCAUUUAAAAGGUUGAUCCUUAAAUAAUAAAUACUUAAAGUGGAACUAAUUCAACGCCAUUCAAAUUUAAAGUCAACAAAAUGAUGUCCUUUAAAUCCUUCUUAUUGCUUAGCUUAUCAAUUGCUGCCAUUACCGCAUAUGUAUUCGCCCAGGUUGCACCGGGAUCAAAUGCGUAUCUGCCGCCCACCAAGAACGGAUACGAUUAUCCAGAGCCCAAUAAACCAUUUCAACCAAGCCAACCUGGAAGACCCGGACCCGGACCCGGCCCACGACCACCAGGUCCACAACGUAACAUUCCCGGACAACCUGCUGAUGAUCAUGUCCAUGUGCCUGGUAUGCCAUUCGACUUUGAGUACGCAGUUCAGGAUCCAGAGACAGCUAAUGACUAUGCCCACAAAGCAUCCAGCGAUGGUGAUGUUGUAACCGGCGAAUAUCGUGUGCAAUUGCCCGAUGGACGCACACAAGUGGUACGCUACAUGGCCGAUUGGAAGACCGGCUACCAUGCAGACGUCAGCUAUGAAGGAGAAGCUCAGUUCCCACAGGGACCAACUGGGGGACGUGGAGGUGGCGGCGGCGGAGCCGCUGGCUACAAAUACUAAACAUGCAUAUUUCUAAAAUCGCAUUGCGAUUUGUGUCAUGUGUGAUGCCACUUUUGUUGUGAAUUACAUUUGAAAUGUUAAAAUUGAAUUGUAUAUCAUUAAAACCCACUGAUAA